AGGAGUUUUGUUAAUGUUAUUACUAUUUUUGGAAGUUAUUAAUGUUGUCUUUGUGUCCCUUGAUUGUGUGCAUUUUUACGUGUUCUGUUUUUCCUUUCUUAGUUAUUUUGUCUCAUUCAUGAUUUUGGAAGUUGUUAAUGUUGUUUCUUGUGUGUCUUAGGUUGCCUAAAAUGGUUUUGGUUGAUCUAGUAUUUCACUAUGGUGGGAAAUGGAUAAGAGAGCCUAAAUUGCUCUAUGAGAGGAAGCUUGUUCACAAAUGGGAAGGUUAUGAUUCUGAUCUCUUAUCUUACAUAGAUAUUACUAAUGAGUACAUUAAAUAUAUUAGGCUAUGUGGGUGUGCAGCAGUUACUAGUAUCUGUCCCUUCUGGAAAGUACUAUGAAAUAGAAGGUGAUGAGGGGAUUAUGACAUUAUUGUCCUUUGUUAAUGAUAAAUUUAAUGUAAUUAAUUUAUUUGUUGUUGAUGAUUGUGAGUUAGAUGUUGAUGUUGAGAAUAUAAUCAAAAUGUUAGAGACUGAGGUAGUUAUUGAUGAUGUAUCUACUGAUUGUACUUCUAAUGGUACUGAAAAUGAUAGUGAUACUUCCAAUGAUAACUCUGAUUAUAAUUCUGAAGAAUUAGAGGUUCUUGCACUAGAAAGGAGGAGGGUAAUUGAUGGUAGCUUGUGUGAUUACAAGGAUUUACACAAGUCAAUGACAUUUAAGGAUAUAGCUGAAGCUAGAAGAUACAUUAGUUUGCAUUCAUUGGCAAAUGGCUAUAACUUAACUACUAAAAAAAGUGACAGAAAAAGACUUAGGGUUGUUUGCAGAGAUAAAUGCAACUUUGUAUGUCUAAUUUCUGGUGAAAAGCAUGUUGCCGGUGUUAGAGUGAAAACAUUGAAAAGAGAUCAUAAUAAAGCAUGCAAGGAUCCAUGUGCUAACUAUAAGGUCAGUGCAACUACAAUGGCCUUUUACUUUAAGAAGAAGUUGCAAGCUAAUCCCAAAUACAAGAUAAAGAAAAUGAGAGUUGAUAUGAAAACUGCUUUCAACAUUAAUGCUCAUUUUGAAAAGUGUAAGAGAGCUAAAAGAAUGAUUUUGGAGGACAUGGAAGGCAGUUUUUGUGAUGAUUAUAAGAAAAUUGUUGGGUAUGCAAAUGCUUUAAAAAAGAGUAAUCCAGGAACUGAUGUUGUCCUUAAGGUUUCAAGAAAUGCAUUAGAAGAUAGAAAAAGAAAAUUUUCGAGGAUGUACAUUUGUUUUGAUCCAUUGAAGAGUGGAUUUAAGAAUGGGUUGAGACAUUUCAUUGGCCUAGAUGGUACAUUUUUUAAGGGUAAAGCUAAAGGUCAAUUGUUAUCUGCUAUUGGUCAAGACUCAAUGAACCAUUUUUAUCCUAUUGCUUGGGCUAUUGUGGACAGAGAGUGCAAGGCAUCUUGGGUGUGGUUCUUGGAAUUACUUCAGAAGUCUCUAAACAUCAACAAUGGAGAAGGAAUCACAUUCAUGUCUGAUAUGCAAAAGGGAUUAAUUGAAGCUGUUAAAAAUAUUUUACCUAAUGCUAUGCAUAGAUUUUGUGUGAGGCACAUAGAGGCCAACUGGAGAAAAAAAGGUAAGAGAUCUAAAAUGAUGACUAAGGUAUUGUGGUGGUGUGCAUGGAGCACCUACAAAGAGGAGUUGGAUGAUUAUUUGAAGACCUUAGGUCAACUGUCUGAAGAAGCAAAAGACCAUCUGUUGCAUUUUCCAAUACAAACUUGGUGUAGAGUAUUUUUUGACACUAUUUGCAAGAACAGUAAGGUGGAAAACAAUUUGGUUGAGUCAUUUAACUCUUGGAUAUUGGAAGCAAGACACAAGCCAAUAAUUGGUAUGCUUGAGGAUAUAAGAAUCAAUGUUAUGACCAAGUUUGUCAAAAAUGAAGAUGAACUGAUGACUUGGAACUGUGAUUGGAGUCCUAUAGCUAUUGAAAUGUACAAUGAAUUCUUGAAGAUUGCUAAUGUGUGUGAAUUAAAUUUCAAUGGAGAUGAUGGAUUUGAGGUAAGUGAAGGAAAUGACAGACACAUUGUCAAUUUGGCAGCUAAGAAAUGCACAUGUAGGGUAUGGGAUCUUACUGGAAUACCAUGUCCCCAUUCAAUCAAGGCUUUUCUUUACAAGAAUCUUGAUCCAUUGGAAGAGAUUCACUGGUGGUACUCUAAGGAGGCAUAUCUUUUGACUUACCAUUGUAAGCUACAACCAGUGCCUGGUCAAAAGUUUUGGAAAAUUGAAGUUGAACAGGCAAUGGAACCACCAUAAUUGGUAAACUUAGUUGGCAGACCUAGAGUGAAUAGGAAAAGAGAUAAAGAUGAAGCACUUAAGAGACAAACUGAGUGGGUUGCACCAAGAAGAGGGAGAAAAAUAACAUGUUCAAACUGUGGGAUUCUUGGACACAAUGCAAGAGGUUGUCAUAAGUUUAAUCAGAAUAGUGAAGAAGGCACUUCUAAUACUAGACAAGUUAAGAGUAAGAAGAAAAAGAUGGAUAAACAAUGUGACAAGGGAAAAAAGCAAACAAAUGAGAGGCAUAAGAAACAACCUACUCAAGAUUGCGCAUCAGAUGAAGAUGAAGAUGAAGAUGAAACUGAAAAUAUGUUGGAGCAAUUAAGAAAAGAAAAGGUAUGAAAGUUGGACAAUUUAAUAACCAAUUUUAUAAGAGUGAUGCUUAGUAUAUCAUUGUGGUCUUUUAAUCAGAU